GGGCAGCUGCGCACAGAGUGACGGCGAGCUGGGCGCCGCGGUCACCCGGGGUAAAGAUGGCUGUGACUCUGCAGCGCAUCGAGCAGCUGUCCAGUCGGGUGGUGCGCGUGUUGGGCUGUAACCCGGGUCCCAUGACCCUGCAAGGCACCAACACGUACCUGGUGGGGACCGGCAACAGGAGAAUCCUCAUUGACACAGGAGAGCCGUCAGUUCCAGAAUACAUCAGCUGUUUAAAGCAAGCGUUGGCGGAAUUCGGCACAACAAUCCAGGAGAUUCUAGUGACUCACUGGCAUCAUGACCAUUCCGGAGGCAUAGUAGAUAUUUGUAAAAACAUCGGCGGUGACACGACCUACAGCAUUAAGAAACUUCGACGGAAUCCUCAGAGAGAAGAAACUAUAGCAAACGGAGCACAGCAGUAUGUUUAUAUAGAAAACGGAGAGCUGAUUAAGACAGAGGGAGCCACUCUCAAAGUUUUAUACACUCCUGGCCACACUGAUGAUCACAUGGCUUUACUCCUGGAAGAGGAAAACGCCAUCUUUUCUGGGGAUUGCAUCCUAGGAGAAGGGACAACGGUCUUUGAAGACCUCUCUGAUUAUAUGAACUCACUAAAAGACUUACUAAAAAUCAAAGCUGACAUUAUAUAUCCAGGACAUGGCCCGGUAAUCUAUAAUGCUGAAGCUAAAAUUCUGGAAUAUAUUUCUCACAGAAAUAACCGAGAAGAGCAAAUUAUUACAUUAUUCCGUGAUAACUUUGAGAAAUCAUUUACAGUAACUGAACUUGUGAAAGCGAUUUACAAGAAUGUUCCAGAGAAUUUACUUAAGAUGGCAGAGCAUAAUCUCUUGCUUCAUUUGAAAAAACUAGAGAAAGAUGGCAAAAUAUUUUACGUCACAAGUCCUGACAAGAAAUGGAAAGCUGUCCUUUAGUUUCCGAUCAGAAGCUCUGUCUGGUUUUACUUUUACAGGAUGGUAGGUGCUUUUAGCUAUAGAUUAUUUAUAAAAAAUAUUGAAUAUAGGGCUUGAUACCUUUGUGA